AUGGUUUCAAGUCAGUAUCCAAAAGUUUUCUAUGACGUAUCUCCUGAUGAUUUCAAAAUUCUUGAUGAUGAUCAUGUCUAUAAAAUGAACAGUACAGUACAACGCACCAUAUCUCCAUCAUCCUAUCGUCAAAUAUAUUGGUCGACAGUAGCUGAAUCUGGUUUAAUAACUCAACAAGUUAGUUUAGUAAUAUUAUUCAUCAUACUUUUUAUUCAUUUGGAUAAUGGCAAUCUUCAACCGAGAACAAUAUUAAUUGUCAAUGCACUAAUUGGUAUUAGUGGUUUGUUUCUUUAUCGAAGGCAUAUUAAUUUAAAAUUAUUACAAGAAAACGUUAAAACAUUAUCAAUCUUUCUUUUAUUUGGUUCAAUGGUUUCACCUGUACUUUUUACACUAACAAAAACAAUUAGUACCGAUACAAUUUAUGCAAUGAGUACAUUGAUGAUGUUAACUCAUUUAGUAUUUUAUGAUUAUGGAGCCGAAACAGAAAUGGUUCAAAAAGCUUUAUCAUUUAGUAUAGCAUUAUUCUCAUCGGUUUGUCUUGCAUCACGUUUAUCAACAUCGUUUCAUACAUUUUGUUUGGUAACAUCAGCCGUACUUGUUUUUGCUCUAUGGCCAGAACUAAGAAAAUAUAUAAAAGAAUCAAGUUUUUAUAUAUUUUCAUUAUUGACAAUCGUACAUAUUGUCGGAUGUGUAGUACUGCUAUUUCAUCUUUCAAUGACACAUACAAUAUUUUAUUUAUUAGCUAUUCUUUUUUUAACAUUCCUAUGUCCAUUAUGGCUUGUUGCAUUACAAAAAUAUAAAAUAUCAAUAAGUGGUGCCUGGGAAGAAGCUGUAGUUACAGAAGCGAGAAAAGAUAAACUUGACUGA